UUUUGCUUCGGGCCAAGGGGCGGACUGACCAUUUGGAAACUCGGGCACUGCCCGAGGGCCCGGGGUCAGUAGGUGGCACCAUGAGAUGCCCCUGGUACCUUUUUCAUAGGCUUUUUUGAGUUUGGGCAAGGACACAGGGGCCCCAUGAUCCCCUAUUGCCCGGGGGCUCCAUGAGUUGUCGGUCCGCCCCUGUUCGGGCCUAUCUGUACCUACAGUCCUCAUGCACACGGGAUGUUUUUGCAGCGGCUGUUUUUGGCUUUUGACAUUUUUUUCUACAGCCAAUGCCCCUGGUACCUUUUUCAUAGGCUUUUUUGAGUUUGGGCAAGGACACAGGGGCCCCAUGAUCCCCUAUUGCCCGGGGGCCCCA